CAUCCAAAAGGACUUUUUCUGGCCAGAUAUCCCCCGCAUAAGCGAUUUAUCAAUCCGUGGCAAUUCGAUUGUCAUCAUUAAGAAAGGUGGCGGAAAGGUCCCUUGCCCGCCAGAGAUGGUCCCCCUUGAUCGCGAUAAGUCUCCACUUUUGAAACCCGGCUGCCCAGUCGGGAACAAAGGUGAAGAACCUGUUGAAGAAAAAUUUGAACCUCCAAAGUCAAACUUCAGGGUGCCUACGUAUCCUUUACGAAAAUCAGAACCAAAGGCUGAUCUUGAUAGCACCUACAUUCCUUUCAUCCAGCACUCUCGUCCUAUUGGUGAAUGCAAAUAUUGUUUAAAGGUGGGUGAGCACAUGACGCAACUAUGCCCUUACCAGGACCGUGUCCCAAAGAAUGCAAUUCUCGGCAGUGGUUGUGAUGUAGUUUGUAGAGUAUGUGGUUGGUUCUUUAGAGGGUCCUGUUGUGGCCAAGAUGAAGGACGUGCGGUUCUCAAGAAUUGUAUUUCUGUCAAGCGUUGUCUGAAAUCGUAGAGAAUGGAGAGCUACUGUUUCUCUGAAGUUAAUUAUGAUUUAAAGCAUAAUUAAACAUUUUAUUUUCUAAUGUUUAUUAACUGUAAUCUUCUCCAACUCCAACUCUUUGUGUUACAAAUUCAAUAGCUGUUG